AUGGGCGGGCCCUUGCGCAGUGACGCUUCCGCCAACGAGGCCCAAGAGUCCAGGGAGAUUGGAGAAGGGGGAUAUAGAGAGGGAGGAGCACCUGCUGCCCACAGCAUCGACCACGUGGGCACGCGUUGCAGAGUUCGCUUCAUCCAGGGUAACUCAUUCUGCCCAAUAUACAGGGUGGCGGAGCUGUCCGUGGCGUACGCCCUCAUGAAUGAUGGGUCGUUCAGUAUUCGCUUCGACACAGACGUUCGCGUGCCAAUUGUAGCCAAACUUGAGGUGAACGGGAAGAUGUUCAACAACGAGUACCGCAUCUUGCCAAACGGGAGCCGGACGGUAAAGGAGGUUCACGAGCCCAACGUUGCCACGACGAGGGCCUUCGUGUAUCAUCCGCUUAUCGUCUUUGACAACGUUCUCCAGCGAGAGGUCAGCCCAGGGGAGAUGGAAUUACGAACAAUAGAGGAGGCCAAUGAGUUUACGUCGCUAUUCCGUGUUUUCUUUCUUUCUGUGAAAGGCGGGGUGGCAGCAACGCGAGAGGGCGUGUGGAAAAUAAAUUACAAGAAGGAACCCCUGGCUGUGGAAAUGGUUCGUGUAGGACACAGAGCCAUGCUGGCGAAAUUAUUUGACGUCUCACUUGCGGAGUUGGUUAAGUCCUUGCGGCAGGCUUCGCCUAGUAGACCUUCCUCCGUCAGUCGGACUCUGUCGCUGGCACCGCCGCCACUGCCUGCGCCCGCAAUGAGUCCACGAAGAAGAAGUGAUGCUGACAGUUUUUUGCCCCUUCGUAGCACCAGCACAACCAGCUUCAGUCGCUGGACAUCACGCUCUACCAGCAUAGAGAGGGGAACUCGGCCCCGGGCCUCCUCACUCACGUGCUUCAUGCAAUCCUCAGGUGCUCUACAGGGUCAUGACUCGCCAGUGCAGCGGUCGUUGUCUGGUGGGAAACGUCACGCGGCGCCGCGCCAAUUGCGACGUGGGAGACGCGUUGAUUCGUCGCGAUCACCCAAACCAGGGAGGAAGUCCGCCUCACGCAGCUCGCCGCCCUCUCCUUCGGUGUUGCAUGUUAUGCCAACGCCUCGCGUCAACUCUCCAACGCCGCCGUCUUUGCAUUCAAGGGGGAACGGUAGUUCCGUCAGUCGCACUGCAGCAAGAAAAAAAAUCUUGCCUUUUGGUCUGAAGGGCAAGAGUUUUCUUGCUGGUGAAAAUGAUGUGGAGAAACAGGGUUCUAAGAAUAACUCUUAUCAUAUCUGUGUGGGUUGCAAUGCUGUGUUUGAGCGGGAACGUGUGUUGUUCUAUGAAAUAGUCACCCACCUUAAGGAGAAGGUCUGUGCUCUCCAACAGGAAAACGUGGAGCUUAGAGCUCGCUGCGGAGAAGAUGCAUCUUUUUCUCUAAAUUGCACGGAUGCCCUCAACCAGGCGCCUCCAACGUUGUAUCUGGAAGGUUUAGAUACAACACUUCAACCACCUGACGGUUUUAGGCAGGAAGAGGAAGAGGAAAAUGAGAUGGAUGUGAACCCACUACUGACGCCAGAUUUAUCACACGACAAGAGUGGAAGCAGUGAAGGUGCGGUGGUGGGUUACUGCUAG